AUGAAUGAUUUAAGUCAUAGUGAAAAAAUUAAAGUAGUAAAUGAUAAAUGUUACGAGAUGAAGACUGACAAUUCCUGUCAAAAAAAUGGAAAAAAAGAACUAGAGGUAGAAAUUAAUUGGAAUAAUCAACUGGAAUCUAAACGAGUUGGUCUUGGAUUUAUGGUAAAAAAUAAUUAUGUUGUUGUAUCAAAAUGUGAACCAUUAUCAUAUGCAGAGGAUAUAUUUGAGGUAGGUGAUAAAAUUCUAUCCAUAAAUGGUGAAACAAUAAAAGGAAAAGAAGAUGCUCGAAAUGUUGUUAUAAAACAUCUUAAAGAAGAAGGUUGUGUAAAAUUUAAAAUAGAAAGAGAUUUAGAUGAUAUAAAGAAAUAUAAAGAUGAAGAAACAAAUGAGGUGAAACAACAAGUUAGUUCUGUUAAAUCAUUUCAAUUAAAUUCAGAUUGUCAAAGAAUAUGUGGUGAAGCAAUUAAAAUGAUUAAACAAAAACCAAAACCUUUAAAAGGGCAAUUAAUUGAUAAUCAUAAAGCUUCUCAUUUAUAUGACUAUAGUGAUGUUGUGAAAUUUGAUGAUGAAGUAAUUGAAAAAUUAAUCUCCUGUGAUACUGAAGGAAGAAAAUUAAAAAAAGUUGCUCCAAGAGAUAAGAAAUAA